CUCUCUCUCUAUAUAUAUAUAUAUAUAUGUACCAAUUAGUUCGCUUCUGAUGAAGCUCUGGUGCAUUGCAUUUUGAAUUUCGUUUUGAGUCGCAUGAAGUUCAAUGUGACUUAUGUAACUUUGUUUUCUGAAUUGAUUCAAACAUUCUAAUUUGCUAUAUUUUAUGUUUUCUGAUUUGAAUUUCUGAUGUGUUGUGUUUGUUUUUGUAUUGCUGUUUAUUACCUGCUUCAUUAGUUGUAGUUGAUUUUUAUAUUGCUCUGUUUAAUUCUGAUUUCAAGCUCUCUCUAGAGUUUUCAAUUUCAAUUGUAAAUUAAAAUUGAAAUGAUCUUAAAUCUGCGCUUGAUUGCAAUGAUCUGAAUUUUUGGUGCAAAGCGGAGGUCUCACAACGCCUCCUCGAAGAUUCUCACUGUAACGAUCUGAAAUCUAUGCUUGAUUGCAUCUCCGAUCGGUUCGUCGAUGUCAACUUUGUCGGCGCUGUGUGCUUGAACGUUUGAAAGGUAGAGCUAUCAUGUCGCAAUGAAUUGGCGAAUGAGGUUCACGUUGAGUAUGAAAAGUUCAAGACUGAUGUCACGGCAUUUUUCCUUGCUAUUCAUGCUGGAACUGUGACUCUCGUCAGGAAAUUAUUGGUAAUGUGAUUUUAGUCUUUGAUAUUAACAAAGUCUACGCACCACUCUCUCACCACUACAAACUCACGUUCAUAUAUAAAUAGCCUGAUUGGCCCGAAAUUUUAAUUCAAAAUCUCCAUUUCAAUUCUUCUUCCUCUCUAAAUAGUCUGAUUCGCAUCGAUUUGAUCUGCAAAACCCAAAAAAUGGCAAGGGCUGGCCUCACGUACCUAGAGAGUUUUACGUAGCUGCCUCGUACGUGGGCUUCGACGGAUCUCUGGACUCCUCUUCCAGAGGCGUCAGCUCCAAGUUCUCCAACGAAGUUGCUUUGCUUCUCUACGCUCUCUACCAGCAGGUUUAAAUGAUAAAAUUACACAGCUAAGAUUGAUUCUAAGAUUGAUAUUGAAAAUUGGUGGGCGUUGGGUUAUGUUUAUUUAUAUGCCAUCUUGGAUUUGGUGUUGAACAAUUUAUUUAUAUGAUUUAUUUGUUUGUAUUGUUUGAAGGAUUUCCUUUGCAUGUGGAGCUACUGAAAAUGAUGGUUUUAUAUGUGGAGUGGGUUCCGAUUUAUUGCAAGCAAUUGUAGGGCCUUGUAAAAUUGCCAAACCUAGAGGUUUGAGUCCUGUUGAGCAAAGCAAAUGGACAAGGUUACUAAAGGUGGAUUGGGCUCACCAGUGGAUAUGGCCGAAUGGUAUAUGCAUGCACGUCCUCCUUGGACAUCUCCAUCUAAAGAUUAUGUUGAAUUCAGAACUCUAUCAGCAAUGGGAAGAGAAAUUUUGAAGGAAGAAACACCAUCAAUUGCUGGAAAUGUUCUCUCUUCAUCAAAGUGUUUCUCAGUUCGCUUUCUCUAUCCUCACCGAUUUCGCUCAUCCUCUUUCUCUCUUCAAACCCUCGAUAUUCUACCAAAUUUUAAUCUAACUUAGGUAUUUAUUCUCAUUUUUCUGAGAAUUUAUCUUAUUCUCUUGACUUAAUUUCUCACAUGUUUCUCUGUAUUUCCAUUUCCCU